CGGCGCAGACUCCAGGGGGCCCUCACCUGUCGCCAGCAUGGGGAAGAAGGAGAAGAAGACGCUGAAGCUGAAGCCAGAGCCGGCGGAGUUCGUGGAGGAGCGCGGCUCGUGGGCCAGCCCCACCGAGUUCCUCAUGUCGUGCCUCACGUACGCCGUGGGGCUGGGCAACGUCUGGCGCUUCCCCUACCUCGUCUACCGCAACGGCGGAGGCGCCUUCCUUAUCCCUUACAUCAUCAUGUUAAUGGUGAUGGGUGUACCUAUCUUCUUUAUGGAGAUGGUCCUUGGGCAGUACAGUCAGCAAGGGGCUACUGUUGUCUUUGCUCGGAUGGCACCUAUCUUCCAAGGAGUGGGCUUCAGCGCGCUGGUCAUAGUGCUUGUGAUCAACAUCAUCUACAUGGUGGUGGUCUCGUGGACACUGUUCUACAUGUUCGCCUCGUUCAGCUCGGUGCUAGGCUGGGCGCGCUGCGACUAUGACUUCAACUCUGACUACUGCUACAGUGAAUGGGAGAACCAGAGGUGCAUGGAUCUCGGCGUGCCAGAGGCGCCCAUGACUUUCCACAAUAGGACGUGCGUGCCGGUGGACACGCUGUGCAGCGAGCACUUCAUGGCCAUGAAGGACGCCCACACCUGCUCCAACGGAAUCGCGGACGUCCCUCUGCGCUCACUCGUCAAGCGCGUGCUGUCUUCGGAGGAGUACUACAACGACUUCGCGAUGGGCAUCAAAGGCGCGACGUGGGAGCGGUGGGGCGACGUGCACUGGCCGCUGAUGGGCUGCCUGGCGCUGGCCUGGCUCAUCGCCUUCCUCUGCGUCUUCAAGAGCGUCAAGACCACCGGCAAGAUCGUCUACUUCACCGCCAUCUUUCCCUACUUCGUGCUGCUGGCGCUGCUCAUCAGAGCGGCGACGCUGGAGGGCGCGCUGGACGGCGUGCUGUUCUACGUGACGCCGCAGUGGGCGGCGCUGGGCGACGCCUCCGUGUGGGGCGACGCCGCCUCGCAGACCUUCUACGCGCUCAGCAUCGGCUGCGCGUCGCUCAUCACGCUCUCCAGCUACAGCUACUUCGGCAACAACUGCCACAGGGACGCGAUCGUGGUGUCGGCGACGAACGCUCUGACGGGCGUGCUGGCGGGCUUCGUGGUGUUCAGCGUGCUGGGCUUCAUGGCGCACGAGAUGGGCGAGCCCGUGUCCGAGGUGGUCGCCUCCGGCCCGGGCCUCGCCUUCGUCGCCUACCCGGAGGCGGUGCUGCGCAUGCCGCUGCCGCAGCUCUGGUCGGCGCUCUUCUUCUUCAUGCUCUUCGUGCUCGGCAUCGGCUGCCAGUUCGGCGGCGUGGAGGCGGUGACGUGCGCCAUAGUGGACCGUUGGCCGCAGCUGCGGCGCUACCAGACGUUCGUGACGGGCGGCGUUUGCCUGGCGCACUUCCUGCUGUCCGUGCCCAUGUGCUUCGGCGGCGGCAUCUAUCUGUUCACACUGAUCGAGUGGAACGUCGUCACGUGGUCCAUCCUGCUGGUCGGCCUCGGUGAGGUCAUCGUCGUCGCCUGGGUCUACGGCGGCAAUCGAUUCCUGGACAACAUCGCAGAGAUGGGAAUGAAGCUAUGCAAGAUAACCCGCUGCUAUUGGUGGUUCGCAUGGACCAUCAUGGCACCACUUUGCGUCGUAGCGGUGUUCGGCUUCACGAUGUACAACUACGAGGCGCCCUACUACGGCGACUACGUGUUCCCCGACUGGGUGAACGUGAUGGGAAUCCUGAUCGGCACCUCCGCCAUCGUGCCGAUGCCCGUUUUCGCCGUCUACCGCGUCACACUCAGCAAAGAGAGGGGAGCGGCGCUGUUCCGGCCCACUCAGCGCUGGGGCCCCGGGGGCAAGCUGCUGCCCACCCCCAGCUCCACGUCGACGACGCCGCCGCCGGGGGCCGGUGCAGACGCCGCCUCGCCGCCCGACACCUGCUCGCAGCACUCCGGCUCCGCCUCCAGCUACUCCGCCUACGAGAACUACGCCUUCAACAAGGAGCCCUGA